AUGCCUGCCCAUUGCUGUGCGUAUGCAUGCAAAAACAGACAGAUUCCAGGCGUAGAUCUCAAGUUUUUUAGAAUACCUAGGGACCCUCACCUGAGAGCAAAGUGGGUGUCAGCCAUCAAGAGAGACGACUGGGAGCCCACCGAACAUUCAAAGAUCUGCUCCACCGAACAUUCAAGGAUCUGCUCCAAACAUUUUAUAAACGGCCAGCCUUCAAGGGAUCCCACAAAUCCAGAUUUUGUUCCAACAGUCUUUUCUCACCGAGCUGUUCCUGAAAGCAUUCUGCAAGAAAAAGUUCAACGUCACCAGAGGCUUCUUGAAAGAAAAGAGAAUAUUGCUAAAAACGAAUCCGCCAAAGUUCUACUCUCCUUGAGCCAGGAAGAACCAUUAUGUGUCACGACAGGAACCUCCACGCAAACACCAGUGCAGUCUGUCUGCGAGAUGGCCGUACAAACUGAAAUUUCACUGCCAGUCAUGACAGGUCUGAUUAUGACAAACCAGUACCUGAAGAGUGUGUGCAACAAGAAUGCUGAAACUUGUGCCGAGUUGAAACAAGAGCAGGAACUGUUACAGCGCAAGUGUGAAGAACACGUCAAAGACAUUGAAACGUUAAAGGCCUCAUUACAAAGACUGGAAGAAGAAAACAAAUUUCUGAGAGAUAAUGUUGAGGAGAAGACACUUAGUUUCCAGAAUCUGAAAGGGGAUGAUCGACGCACCAAGUUCUACAUUGAGAUUUUUAUUGAACGACCAUCCAACCUCAAAGCCAGAGCUCAAACAUAUUCGAACUACAAAAGACACAACACAAUCAAGAUCUUAGUAGGAAUAAGUCCAUCUGGCUGUGUGAAAUUUCUCUCAACCUGUUGGGGAGGCCGAGUGAGUGACCGACAGAUACCUUGUGAUUCUGGACUUUUGGACAAGUUAGUGCCUGGUAAUUUUGUGUUAGCAGACAGAGGUUUCAAUAUGUCGGAGGAUUUUGCCAUUAGAGGUGCCAAGUUGAUUGUACCUGCCUUCAGCAAAGGCAAGAAGCAGUUAUCAAGGGAAGGGGUGGAUAAGUCCCGAAUGAUGUCUCGUGCAGUCUCGUGCAAGAAUUCACAUUGA